GAGAAUAAACUGAGUACACUGAAAAUAAAUCGUGUGGGAAGGUCUUCAUUUGUCUUUUGUCUAGAAGAGGUAGUAUGGGGAGUUUAACGUACUGCAUCAGAGAACUGACUUUUUUCUAAAUGAUCAGAAUGGGGAUUAGGAAUUUUCAGUGUGAUUUUAAAGUAAGUUUCAGACUCUAUCAUUCUGAACCAGCUUUGAACCAUACUCCCCAAGUCUCGGUGGCUUAUAACAACAAUGGUUUAUUAUUGUUUGUUUUUUCAUUCUGUGUGUUCAUUGAGGAUCAGCUUGGGGGUUUUCACUAAUAUUGUCAUUUUUACUUUGGGUUCCACUUUGGGACCUCACCUUGAAGCAGCCACUGUUUGGAACAUUACUGGUUGAGAGCUAAAGAAAAAAGUUUUUUUAUUGCACUCCAUACUUCUCACACCCUGGGUCACCAACUGUGUGUGUGUGGUUUUCCAUACACGAGACAUUCUGCGACACUGGCUGGUGUGAUGCAGUCCAACUCAUUUUUUUUCACUAGCUGCCUGGAGGCAGCGUCUGAUCACACUGCUGACGAGUCUUUGUUUUUAGACCUAGUUGUGAGGUCGGGUAAUUGAGGUUCCCGUCACCCUUUUCUCAGGUUUGAUUCAUGUCCUGGAAUGGCUCACAGAAUUCAGGAAGCACUUUACUUACUAGAUCCCAGUUUAUUGUGAAAGGAUGUAACUGAGGAGAAGCCAGAGGAAAAGACACUAGGGCACUGAAGAAUGCUGAUGGGAGAAUCAUUUCCCUAAUUUUCAGAUUGUUGAGCUGGUUGUCAUGAUGGAUGACCAGCAAGCCUUGAACUCCAUCAUGCAGGAUCUGGCCGUUCUUCACAAGGCCAGUCGACCAGCACUGUCCCUGCAGGAAGCCAGGAAAGCAAAGUCUUUAUCACCAAAAAAGCAGAAUGAUGUCCGAGUCAAAUUUGAACAUAGAGGAGAGAAAAGAAUCCUUCAGUUCCCCAGACCAGUCAAACUGGAUGACCUGAGGUCCAAAGCCAAGGUUGCCUUCGGACAGGCCAUGGAGCUGCAUUACACCAACAACGAGUUGGUAAUUCCACUGACUACGCAAGAUGACUUAGACAAAGCCGUGGAACUGCUGGAUCGUAGUAUUCAUAUGAAGAGCCUCAAGAUACUACUUGUGAUAGAUGGAAGUACACAGGCUACUAAUGUGGAACCAAUGCCAUCGCUAGAUGACUUGGAUAACACAGUGUUUGAAGCAGAGAGGAAAAAACGGCUUUCUAUAAUAGGUCCCACCAGUCGCGAUCAAAGCUCCCCUCCCCCAGGAUACAUUCCAGACGAGUUGCAUCAGGUGGCCCGCAAUGGGUCCUUCACCAGCAUCAACAGUGAAGGAGAGUUCAUCCCCGAGAGCAUGGACCAGAUGCUGGACCCGUUAUUUUUAAGCAGCCCUGAAAAUUCUGGCUCAGGAAGUUGUCCAUCACUUGAUAGUCCUUUGGAUGGAGAGAGCUAUCCCAAGUCACGAAUGCCUAGGGCACAGAGCUACCCAGAUAAUCAUCAGGAACUUUCAGACUAUGAGAACCCUAUCUUUGAGAAAUUUGGAAAGGGGGGAACAUACCCACGGAGGUACCAUGUCUCAUAUCACCAUCAAGACUAUAAUGAUGGUCGUAAAACUUUCCCUAGAGCUCGGAGGACCCAGGGGACCAGCUUCCGGUCCCCGGUGAGCUUCAGCCCCACAGACCACUCCCUGAGCACCAGCAGUGGCAGCAGCAUCUUCACCCCGGAGCAUGAUGACGGUCGAGCAAGGAGGCGGGGGAGUGACAUUGAGAACCCCACGCUGACCGUGAUGGAUGUCAGCCCGCCCAGCCGAUCACCUCGUGCUCCCACAAACUGGAGGUUGGGCAAGCUGCUUGGCCAGGGCGCCUUUGGCAGGGUCUACCUCUGCUACGACGUUGACACGGGAAGAGAGCUGGCCGUGAAGCAGGUUCAGUUUGACCCUGACCGGCCUGAGACCAGUAAGGAAGUAAAUGCACUUGAGUGUGAAAUUCAGUUGUUGAAAAACUUACUGCAUGAACGCAUUGUUCAGUACUACGGCUGCCUGAGGGACCCCCAGGAGAAAGCCCUCUCCAUAUUUAUGGAGUACAUGCCGGGGGGUUCAAUUAAGGACCAAUUAAAAGCAUAUGGAGCUCUGACUGAAAAUGUGACCAGGAAAUACACCCGUCAGAUUCUGGAGGGUGUCCACUAUUUGCACAGCAAUAUGAUUGUUCAUAGAGACAUCAAAGGUGCGAAUAUUCUGCGGGAUUCAACAGGCAACGUCAAACUCGGAGAUUUCGGGGCCAGCAAACGGCUUCAGACCAUCUGCCUGUCAGGGACAGGCAUGAAGUCGGUCACGGGCACCCCAUACUGGAUGAGCCCAGAGGUGAUCAGCGGGGAGGGCUACGGCCGGAAGGCUGACGUCUGGAGCGUGGGCUGCACGGUGGUGGAGAUGCUGACGGAAAAGCCCCCGUGGGCGGAGUAUGAGGCCAUGGCUGCCAUCUUUAAGAUUGCCACGCAGCCCACGAACCCAAAGCUGCCGCCCCAUGUCUCUGACUACACCCGCGAUUUCCUCAAGCGCAUCUUUACGGAGGCUAAGCUCAGGCCCGCGGCCGAUGAGCUCCUGCGGCACAUGUUUGUGCACUGCCACUAGCCAGGCUGGGCCCCCGCCCACGAGCUCCCGUGGCACGUGUCCGUGC